CACACUAUCUGCUGUUACUAGUAUCAUCAUCAUCAUCCGAUUAACCUAUCUUACUUUUAUCGAUCGGAACCCCUAAAGUGGAAAAGAAAAAUGGUUAAAGCAAUUAGGGUCUAUGAGCUUGGUGCCCCUGAGGUAAUGAAAUGGGAAGAUGUUGAAAUAGGGGAACCUAAACAAGGAGAAAUACGAGUGAAGAACAAGGCCAUUGGUGUUAACUUCAUUGAUAUAUAUUUCCGAACCGGAGUCUAUAAGGUCCCUCAGAUACCUUAUACACCAGGGGUGGAGGCAGCAGGUGUGGUGACAGCCACUGGGCCUGGAGUGAAUGAUGUAAAAAUUGGAGAUUUGGUUUAUCAUCCAGGGAGUGUGAUGGGUACAUAUGUAGAGGAGCAAAUUGUUUUGGCAGACAAAGUUAUUCCUCUUCCUCCUAUGGAUCCUAUUGUAGUUGCAGCUGCCAUGACCAAAGGGCUCACUGCUCGGUUCCUAGUCCGAACUUGGUUUAAGGUAGAAAAGGGACAUACUGUGCUCGUCCAUGCAGCAGCAGGUGGAGUUGGAUCAUUACUAUGCCAAUGGGCAAAUAUGCUUGGUGCCAUUGUUAUUGGAACUGUAUCAACAAAAGAGAAGGCUUUGCAAGCCAAAGAAGAUGGAUGUCAUCAUGUUAUUAUUUACAAAGAAGAGAACUUUGUUACCCGUGUUGAUGAGAUAACGUCAGGAGAAGGACUUGAUGUUGUCUUCGACUCUGUAGGAAAAGACACUUUUGAGGGGUCGUUGGCAUGCUUGAAACCUCGUGGAUAUAUGAUAAGUUUUGGUCAAUCUUCUGGCACACCUGACCCCGUACCUUUGUCUGUACUAGCCGCAAAAUCCCUAUUCUUGACAAGGCCUUCGGUAAGAACGUCUGGUUUCUCAAAAGACGAGAUGCGUGAAGCAGCCAAAGAGGUUCUGACUAAUGUGGCAGCUGGUGCUUUAAGGGUUCGUGUAAAUCACACAUACCCAUUAUCUCAAGCGGCUCAAGCCCAUGCUGAUAUGGCAGAUAGAAAAACUUCGGGGUCUAUUGUGCUGAUACCUGAGGAGUGAGGUUUACAUGGCUUGUAUAAAAUAACCGAUACAGGUUUGUGUAAUGAAUGACGGAUCGUAGUAACAGCUGGUUUGAAUUUUUUUGUCUUAAAGCAAUAUUUAAUAAGUAAUUAAGGUUUUGUUGUAUGUUAA